UGUUGGGCUACAGUACACAAGCUCCUGUGAGGAUGAGUCUAAAUGAAGAAGUGCUUCUGGUCUCUAUCCAUGGGCUGAUAAGCAGUGAAGGUCUGCCUCUCCUAAAAAGGACUUUUGGAACCAAAGGUCCUGAAUCUGCCCUUCUGGUGUGUUAAGGUACGAAUUUAGCCCAGCUAUCAUUUCUCCUACACAGAUAUCUCCUAAUUUGGUCCAUGGUGGGCUUAUAUAAAUGACUAACAGCUUUGAAGAUGCUACACUUCUUCAGCGUUAGCAGAAAAGGAUUCUCUUCUCACUCCUGAUCAACACCGCUCUCCACCAUGGGUGAUGCACUGAUGGCCGAGUUCGGAAAGGCUGCUCCUUUUCUGAGGAAGUCAGAGAGGGAGCGCUUGGAGGCUCAGACCAGGCCGUUUGACAUCAAGACGGAAUGCUUUGUUGUCGAUGAUAAAGUGGAAUACAUGAAAGGUCAGAUCCAGAGCAAAGAUGGAGGGAUGGUGACCGUGAAAAAGGAGGAUGGAAACACUGUGACCGUGAAAGAAUCAGAUGUUCAUCCCCAGAACCCGCCAAAGUUUGAUAAAAUUGAAGACAUGGCUAUGUUUACUUUCCUGCAUGAGCCAGCCGUGCUGUUUAACCUCAAAGAGCGUUACGCAGCCUGGAUGAUCUACACCUAUUCUGGAUUGUUCUGCGUCACUGUCAAUCCAUACAAGUGGCUGCCUGUCUACGACUACGAUGUGGUGGCCGCUUACAGAGGAAAGAAAAGAAGUGAGGCUCCUCCACACAUCUUUUCCAUCUCUGAUAAUGCUUACCAGUACAUGCUGACAGACAGGGAGAACCAGUCCAUCCUCAUCACCGGAGAAUCCGGAGCUGGGAAGACUGUGAACACCAAGCGAGUCAUCCAGUAUUUUGCCAGCAUCGCUGCAGUGGGAGGUGCAAGCAAAAAAGACAGCAGCAAGGGUACACUGGAGGAUCAAAUCAUUCAGGCAAACCCUGCACUUGAGGCCUUUGGGAAUGCCAAAACGCUGAGAAAUGACAACUCUUCUCGUUUUGGUAAAUUCAUUCGAAUUCAUUUUGGUACAAGUGGAAAAUUGUCAUCUGCUGACAUUGAAACGUACCUGCUGGAGAAGUCCCGUGUCACCUUUCAGCUCAAGGCUGAAAGAAAUUAUCACAUCUUCUACCAGAUCCUGUCCAAUCAAAAGCCAGAGCUACUGGAUCUGCUUCUCAUAACAAACAACCCAUAUGACUAUUCCUAUAUCUCCCAAGGAGAGGUCACAGUUGCCUCCAUCAAUGACUCAGAGGAGCUGAUGGCCACCGACAAUGCCUUUGAUGUCCUUGGCUUUACUCCAGAGGAGAAAAUGGGUGUCUACAAGUUGACCGGUGCCAUAAUGCACUAUGGUAACUUGAAGUUCAAACAGAAACAGCGCGAGGAGCAGGCUGAACCUGAUGGCACUGAGGCUGCCGAUAAAUCAGCUUACCUAAUGGGGCUGAACUCUGCCGACCUCAUUAAAGGACUGUGUCAUCCCAGAGUUAAGGUCGGAAAUGAAUAUGUCACCAAGGGCCAAAGUGUAGACCAAGUCUACUACGCCAUUGGUGCUUUGGCAAAAUCAGUGUAUGAGAAGAUGUUUAACUGGAUGGUUGUCAGAAUCAACCAAUCCCUUGACACCAAGCAGCAUCGUCAGUAUUUCAUAGGAGUUCUUGACAUUGCUGGAUUUGAGAUUUUUGAUUUCAAUACCUUUGAGCAGCUGUGCAUCAACUACACCAAUGAGAAACUGCAACAGUUUUUCAACCAUCAUAUGUUUGUUUUGGAGCAAGAAGAAUACAAAAAAGAAGGAAUUGAAUGGGAAUUCAUUGACUUUGGGAUGGACCUGCAGGCCUGUAUUGACCUGAUUGAGAAGCCUAUGGGGAUUUUGUCAAUUCUUGAGGAAGAAUGUAUGUUUCCCAAAGCCAGUGACCAGACAUUUAAGGCAAAGCUCUAUGAUAAUCAUCUGGGCAAGAACAAGAUGUUUGAGAAGCCUAGGGCGGCAAAGGGAAAAGCAGAAGCUCAUUUUGCUCUUGUUCACUAUGCAGGCACGGUGGACUACAACAUUGGAGGCUGGCUGGUCAAAAAUAAAGACCCCUUGAAUGAAACCGUUGUUGGGCUCUACCAGAAAUCCUCCCUAAAGCUGCUAAGUCUUCUGUUCUCUAAUUAUGCAGGGACUGAUGGUGGAGACAAAGGAGGAAGCAAAGGAGCAAAAAAGAAAGGCUCAUCAUUUCAGACAGUAUCUGCUCUUCACAGGGAAAACCUGAACAAGCUCAUGACCAACCUCAAAACCACUCAUCCUCACUUUGUCCGCUGUUUGAUUCCUAAUGAGAAGAAAACUCCAGGGGUGAUGGAUAACUGCCUUGUGAUGCACCAACUGCGCUGCAAUGGUGUGCUGGAAGGCAUCAGGAUCUGCAGGAAAGGUUUCCCAAACAGGGUACUCUAUGGGGACUUUAAGCAACGCUACAGGAUCCUGAAUGCCUCUGCAAUCCCAGAUGGUCAGUUCAUUGACUGCAAGAAAAGUGCUGAGAAGUUACUUGGAUCACUGAGCAUUGACCACACUCAAUACAAGUUUGGCCACACUAAAGUUUUCUUUAAAGCUGGACUGCUAGGAACACUGGAGGAGAUGAGAGAUGAGCAGCUCUCUCGCAUCAUUACAAGGAUCCAGGCAAAUGCAAGAAGACUCCUCAUGAGGGAGCAGUUUGUGAAGCUUGUGGAACGUCGAGAUGCUCUGAUGGUCAUCCAGUGGAACCUUAGGUCUUUUCUUGGUGUGAAAAACUGGCCAUGGAUGAAGCUCUUUUUCAAGAUCAAACCCCUGCUUCGGAGCGCAGAAUCUGAAAAGGAGAUGGCCAACAUGAAAGAUGAAUUCAGCAAGUUGAAGGAAGCCAUGGAGAAAUCAGAAACAAGAAGGAAAGAGCUAGAAGAGAAAAUAGUGACUCUUCUCCAAGAGAAGAAUGAUCUGACUCUGCAAAUUCAGUCUGAGCAGGACACUCUGACAGAUGCUGAGGAACGCUGUGAACAGCUGAUCAAGAGCAAGAUUCAACUGGAGGCCAAACUAAAAGAGAUGAACGAGAGGUUGGAGGAUGAGGAGGAGCUCAAUGCAGAUCUCACGGCUAAAAAACGUAAACUUGAAGAUGAAUGUUCUGAACUAAAGAAAGAUAUUGAUGACCUUGAGCUGACCUUAGCAAAGGUAGAAAAGGAGAAACAUGCCACAGAGAACAAAGUAAAGAACCUGGUAGAAGAAAUAGCUUCUCAAGAUGAGAACAUCUUGAAGCUGACCAAAGAGAAAAAGGCUCUGCAGGAAGCCCACCAGCAGACACUGGAUGACCUCCAGAGUGAAGAGGACAAAGCCAACAGCCUUACCAAAGCAAAGGCUAAACUGGAGCAGCAGGUGGAUGAUCUGGAGGGAUCACUCGAACAAGAGAAGAAAGUCAGGAUGGACCUUGAACGCUCCAAGAGAAAGUUGGAGGGGGACCUAAAACUCACUCAGGAAAAUAUUAUGGACCUGGAGAAUGAUAAGCAGCAAUUAGAUGAAAAGCUAAAGAAGAAAGACUUUGAGAUCACUCAAAUAAACUCAAAACUAGAGGAUGAGCAAACCAAUUCAGUUCAGCUGCAAAAGAAGCUGAAAGAAAGUCAGGCAAAAAUUGAGGAGCUUGAGGAAGAGUUGGAUGCAGAACGUGCAGCGCGAGCAAAAGUGGAGAAGCAGCGCUCAGAUUUGUCCCGUGAGCUGGAGGACAUCAGUGAACGUCUGGAGGAAGCUGGCGGAGCCACGUCAGCUCAGGUGGAGCUAAAUAAAAAGAGAGAUGCUGAGUUUCAGAAGCUGCGGAGAGAGCUUGAAGAGUCAACCCUCCAACACGAGUCCACUGCUGCCGCCCUGAGAAAGAAACAUGCUGACAGUGUUGCUGAACUGGGGGAACAGAUUGAUAAUCUGCAGCGUGUAAAGCAGAAACUGGAGAAAGAAAAGAAUGAGCUCAAGCUGGAGCUGGAUGACUUGUCUUCAAGCAUGGAGAGCAUUGUUAAGUCCAAAGCCAACAUUGAAAAGAUGUGUCGUACAAUGGAAGACAACAUGAAUGAGUAUAAAUGUAAAUUUGAGGAGGCUCAAAGGACCAUCAAUGACUUGACCACCCAAAGGGCUAGAUUACUAACUGAGAAUGGCGAGUUUGGACGCCAACUGGAGGAGAAAGAAAGUCUCAUAUCACAGCUAACCAGAGGAAAAAACUCCUACAACCAGCAGGUGGAAGAUCUGCGGAGACAGUUGGAGGAAGAAGUAAAGGCAAAGAAUGCUCUUGCCCAUGCUGUUCAGUCAGCUCGUCACGACUGUGAUCUGCUCCGUGAACAGUAUGAAGAGGAGCAGGAAGCCAAAGCUGAGCUACAAAGAGCCCUGUCCAAAUCCAACACUGAAGUUGCGGCAUGGAGGACUAAAUACGAGACGGAUGGAAUCCAAAGAACAGAAGAGCUGGAGGAAGCGAAAAAGAAGCUUGUACAGAGAUUGCAAGAUGCAGAGGAGGCCAUUGAAGCAGUGAACGCAAAGUGUUCAUCGCUAGAGAAGACCAAACAUCGCCUUCAAAAUGAGAUUGAAGAUCUCAUGUUGGAUCUGGAGAGGUCAAAUGCAGCCUCAGCAGCACUGGACAAAAAGCAAAGAACCUUUGACAAAGUCCUGGCAGAGUGGAAGCAGAAGUUUGAAGAGUCACAGUGUGAAUUGGAGGCUUCACAGAAGGAGAGUCGUUCUCUGAGCACUGAACUCUUCAAACUGAAGAAUGCCUUUGAGGAGUCACUGGAUCAACUUGAUACAAUGAAGAGAGAGAACAAGAACCUCCAGGAGGAAAUCUCUGACCUCACUGACCAGCUUGGAGAAGGUGGCCGCAGUGCCCAUGAGCUAGAAAAGAUCAGAAAGCAGCUUGAACAGGAAAAGAACGAGCUCCAAUCUGCACUUGAGGAGGCUGAAGGAUCUCUGGAACAUGAAGAAAGCAAGAUCCUCAGAGCCCAGCUGGAAUUCAACCAAGUAAAGGCUGAGAUAGAGCGCAAGCUAGCAGAGAAGGAUGAAGAAAUGGAACAAGCCAAGAGAAACUACCAACGGAUGCUUGAGUCGCUUCAAUCAUCUUUGGAUUCUGAGACCAGGAGCCGAAAUGAGGCCCUGAGAGUCAAGAAGAAGAUGGAGGGUGACCUCAAUGAGAUGGAGAUACAGUUAAAUCAAGCUAACAGGCAGGCAGCUGAUGCUCAGAAGCAGGUCAAGACCCUCCAGGGGUUCCUUAAAGACGCACAGCUACAGCUUGAUGAUACCCAGCACUCCAAUGAUGACUUAAGAGAAAACAUAACUCUACUGGAACGCAGAAACAACUUGAUCCAGAGUGAGUUGGAGGAACUGAGGGCAGCCCUUGAGCAGACAGAGAGAAGUCGGAAACUGGCCGAGCAGGAACUGACCGAUGCGACAGAGAGGAUCCAGCUGCUGCACUCCCAAAACACCAGUCUGAUCAACCAGAAAAAGAAGCAUGAGGCAGAUCUGCUCAACCUUCAGAAUGAGAUAGAGGAGAUCAUACAGGAGCACCGCAAUGCUGAGGAGAAGGCAAAGAAGGCAAUUACAGAUGCAGCCAUGAUGGCCGAGGAGCUAAAGAAGGAGCAGGACACCAGUGCACAUCUGGAGCGCAUGAAAAAGAACAUGGAGCAGACAAUCAAAGACCUGCAGCACCGUCUCGACGAGGCAGAGCAGAUCGCCAUGAAAGGUGGUAAGAAGCAGGUCCAGAAACUAGAGGCUCGCAUCCGGGAGCUGGAGAAUGAACUGGAUGCAGAGCAGAAGAGGGGAGCCGAGUCCAUUAAAGGAGUGCGCAAAUAUGAACGCAGGAUUAAAGAGCUCACUUACCAGACUGAGGAAGACCGCAAGAAUCUGGCACGCCUGCAAGACCUUGUCGACAAGCUGCAACUGAAGGUGAAGUCCUACAAGCACGCAGCUGAUGAAGCAGAGGAGGCAGCCAAUGCCAACAUGGCCAAGGUCCGUAAGCUGCAGCAUGAGCUGGAGGAGGCGGAGGAGCGGGCGGAUAUUGCUGAAGCACAAGUUAAUAAACUGAGGGCCAAGACCAGAGACGGAUCCUCCAAGAAAAACUUGGAUGAUUAAAGAAACACAAUCAGAGUCACAGGUUUUCCUGGAUGUUCGUCGCCAAAGCUGCUGCAGAACCAGACAGAAAAACUAACAAUACUUUUUCAAGUUGACUGAAAAUAGGUCAAGUGACUUUUUUCUUGGUUAUUUUAAGUCAGCUACAUUAAAACGGAC